GUGAGUACUAUCUACUUACCCGACCAUAUGGUGGGCCACCACCUCGUCCAACCGGCUUCUCUUGCUAUGUGCGCCUUGGCUGCCAAACGGCUCGACUCCAUAUGGCACUGGCGUUGCGUAUACGCCACGUUGUCAGCUGCCACUUGCGAACUUGGUUGGCGUCACUCUCGAACUUGGUUUUCAAUGGAUAUUAUAACGAUUGACUUCGAUCUGAGGCAUACUUUUGUGGGCGAAAAACACUGGCUUUUCAUAUGGAAUACUAUUGGCUUGGAGGAGCGGAACCAGAACCGUUGGCAGUCAGACUGUGACUGUUAUGAAGUUUGAUAAUUUAUCGGGCAGCAAGUCUAGGUAACGCCGGUCCGCCGCUGCCGCAGCCGCCGUCGACGUCACCUUCCGGCGAAGCCAGGCGGUACAAAAGUGGGGUAGUUGUGGGCGCUUGUGGAUGGCGGUGGAUGUCAGUGGGUGGCUCCCUCCGCCCCCCGCCAGCACUUGGUAUCUAUGGUAACUUGGGCGCGGUGACGGUACACCAAAAGGGAUGAAAAGCGUUUCAGCCUGUUGAGGCUGCUGUCGCUGCCGCUGCCGCAGUCGCUGCCACUGCCUCUGUCGCAGUCGCUGCCUCGGUCGCAGUCGCAGCUGCUGCCGGAAAAUGGAGUCCACAACGGCAACCAGUUGAUGGAAAAACGAGGGCGGGCAGCACUUGACCUCCUGUGCGGCACAAAAAAUCGGAAUCAGCCGCUUGCAUUUGUUGCAGGCGCCAAUGCCACCCACCUGUAACACACACAACACACAACCGCACUGCGUGUGUAUGUGUGUGUAUGGACUGGAUAUGCGGCGGGGAUGUGGAUUCCAUUUACCCAACUGUUAUUGCCGCCGCCCACAGGGCGCAUGCGCGAUUUUAGCCAACAAGUGAAGCAACAAGCAGCAGGAAAAAGCAACAGUCGGCUAGCAAGUGCGAGCGAGAGAGCACUGGCCGGCGGGAGCGAGAGGCAAGAUGGCAGUGCGAUUCUUUCCUCGAACUUCUGCAGCUCUGGCAAAAAACUCAACUUGCUGGAAACUGAAGCUGAAGCUGGAGCUAUGGAGCUGGAGCUGUGGACUGGAGUCGGAGUAGGAUCUGCUGCCUUGGCUUUGGCUUGGCUGUGCCUGCGGGUGUGUUCGGAGCUGUUAGGAGCUUUGGUCGCCGCUCGUCUACUUAUUAUUAUGCUUAAUUAUACCCUAGAUGGAAGUACAUUCAUCAUCUGAGGGGAUUGUCUUUUGGGCUUCAAAGAACACGAUCCAUACUUUCUUAGUAAUGAAAUAAGUUGGGAUAUCAAGAUCACAAAAGCACGAUCAAUAGAUGGUAAAGUCACUUACUUUAGCAUGCAUAAUAAGUAUCAAAUAUAGAAUGCUUAAUACAAGUUAUAAACUCCUUAACAACUUUUUCUAUAUUAACAUGACUCGUUUAGUGCUGUUAUCCUUUUUAAUGUGAUCUUUGAUAAUUUAAACAUAGGUUAUAAAAAACUGUAAGUGUAUACCUAACUUCGCUCUUACAACCGACUAGAUAUUACCUUAGAUUUUUUCUUCGCUUUGCCUUAACAUAUAUUAAAGAAGCUGUAUAAACAAAAAAACAGAAAAAAAACAAGACCAGAGGGGCGGAGCUGGCAUUUAAAGUGCGGUCGACCCACCCACACUCCAAAAACCAUACACGUAUGUGGUGCAAGGUAAGAGGUGGCAAGGUGGCAAGGUGGUUGCGAGUCUUUGAGCUAUAGUAACAAGUAUGUCUCAUAUGUUGGCUCACUGCCUUUUACUUAGCCGGGCCAAAGGCAGCGCAACUACAAGGACCUAGAGGAUGCAGGAAAAAGAGAGAGGAUGGAGCAGACGAAGGAGCAGAUGGAGGAGCUGACGGAACUGGAGGAGCUGGAGACAGACCGACAGUCGAUGCUCAAAAGUCAAUUGUUUGUGCCUGCUUUGGAGGCGAGUCUGCAUAACUUUGCGAACGAAGCGACACAUAGAAGCCAUCUGGACCCACACCCAUGCAAUCUGUUUGGAUGUAUCCGGCAAUGAGUUUAGUUUUUCCGCAGUGGAGUCCUUGCGAAAACUUGUUGCUGCCAAAGCCAUCGAAGUUUGCUAAGCGACUUUAAUUUGCCGCAACUUGUGGCUGCAACCGGAGAUGCGUGGUGGCAUGGUGGUGGAGUGUU